GUGAUAUUGAGUGAGGACCAUAAUAUAGCAGCAGUACUGAACUCUUUAACACCAUCUGAGCAUGGACGUCGCUCAAGUACUGCACAUGAAUGAAGGCACUUCCCAAACAAGCUAUGCAACCAACUCUCUGAUACAGCAAAAGGCGAUGUCAUUAACAAAGUCCAUAAAAGAGGAAGCCAUAACUGGUGUCUACAAGACGACGCUUGCUUCAAGCUUGGCAAUUGCAGAAUUGGGCUGUUCUUCAGGACCCAAUGCUUUGUUUGCGAUUCAACAACUGAUUAAAGCUGUAGAGAAGCUCUGCAGCAAGCUGAAGCGUGAGUCUCCAGAGUAUCGGAUCUUCUUGAACGAUCUUCCUGGAAAUGACUUCAACGGCAUCUUCAAGACAAUUGAUAGCUUCAAACGACAGCUGAGUUGUGAAGUGGAAGGUGGGGUUGGUUCAUGUUUCAUUGUUGGGGCUCCUGGUUCGUUUUAUAGCAGAAUCUUUCCUGCUAAAUCCCUGCAUUUUGUUCAUUCCUCUUAUAGUCUUCAUUGGCUAUCUCAGGUUCCUGAAGGUGUAGAGAACAACAAGGGCAACAUCUACAUAUCAAGAAGUAGCCCCUCAAAUGUGGUGAAGGCAUAUUAUGGACAAUUUCAAAGAGACUUUUCAUCAUUUCUCAAGUGUCGAGCAGAGGAAGUAGUUGAAGGGGGUAAAAUGGUCCUAACAUUCUUGGGAAGAAGAAGUGAUGACCCUAAAAGCAAAGAGUGUUGUUAUAUUUGGGACCUUUUGGCUCAUGCUCUCAAUGACAUGGUCCUUGAGGGACUCAUAAAAGAAGAGCAAAUGGAUGGCUUCAACCUUCCUAACUACACACCUUCUCCAUCUGAAGUGAACUUGGAGGUAGUUAAGGAGGGUUCCUUCACAGUGAAUCACAUGGAGGUUUCAGAAGUGAGCUGGAAGGUUGCUUGUGGGGAAGAAGACUUCAGUGAUGGUUAUGGAUACAAAGUUGCACAGUGCAUCAGAGCUGUGUAUGAACCUUUGGUUGUCUCUCACUUUGGAGAAGCUAUCGUUGAACAUGUUUUCCGACAAUACCAAGAGAUAUUAGCCGAUCGUAUGUUGAAGGAAAAUACUGUGUCCAUCAAUGUCACUGUAUCCAUGACCAAAUUAAACUGACUACAAAAGAAAUGACUUAUGGCAGUCAUAAAAAAAGUCACCACGAACUUUCAACAUCGAUACACUGCUGCUUCCAAAACAUUGUAGUCAAAAGUAGGCUUUUGACAAUGUUGUUUUCAUAACACUUCAUCGUGGAGUAGACAAGUUGUUCGUGAUUUUAAGAUUAUGUUUACUGUGUUUUAUUAAUGUAUGCAGGGUAAUUAUGGAUGGUGUGUCUAUAAAUAAUGCUAUGAAUGAGUCUGGAUCGAGAAACAUGA